AUGAUAGAACCGCGUUGUGUGUGCGCAGAAAAGAAGGCGGAGGAGGAGGACGAAGGGAGAAAGGACGCGUUAGGUCCUCGCACGGAUGACAUUUACGGAACCUGCAAUCUUCCGGCUCGUUUCAUGUACCCACGAAUCUUUAGGGGAUACCGGCAGGAAGACAGUCCUCUCCCGCAUCCUUGUUACAGGAGCACGUCGAUGGAUUAUGGCUGGUACUCGCCGACGAUCCACACGGUGCCAACGAGAUAUUAUCCGCGAAACACUUCUUUCAGCGAGCACCAAUCACGCGGAGGAAUGUACCGAAACUCCUCCUUGAACACGGAAUUGGACAAAAGCAUCGUUUAA